AUCGAUAAUAGGAAAAGGGGAGAGAGAGAAAUUUAUCUGAUUUUUUUUUUUGGGCUAAUAUAUUUAACUUUUUUAUUUAUUUCUUAAAUAUUUUUUUGAUUUAUUUGCUUUUAUUUUAAACUGGUCGCUUUGUGUCUGAAUCUCUGCAAUUGUGUGUAUUGGGGAUAGUUUGUUUUUUUUGAGAUUUCUGUUAUCUUUAGAGCAGACAUUUCCUGCUCUGUACUGAGGUUUGUUGGUUCCAUUUGUUAAAUCCUAUUUUUUUCUUGUUUUAAGGAAAAAAGAAAGACCAAACUACUUUUGUUUCUGGUUAAAUAGUUUCCAACUUGAUUAUUAAUUUUUAGUCUAAAAACUCAAAAGGGGUUGCCAUUUUUGACCUUCUUCUUGUGAUCUCGCUAUUUUGCUCUACUGGGUUUGUGGGUAUUCAAGAGAAAUUGUUAAAUUUCGUUGCUUUUUGGUUGUUUUUUCCUUUUUUUUUUUUCCCUUCUUCCCCUUUUUGGGUUUUGGAAGAUAGUUUUUGGUGGGGGGUUGGGAUUUGGGGGGUCUUUGGAUGAAAAGUGGGUCUGGGUUUUUAGGGUUUUUUGAGAGGAGCAGAGUAUGGGAUUGGGAAGUGAAGAUGGAAAGGUGAAGGCUUCUAGGGACGUGUGCAAAUCAAAGGGAAGGAAGAAGAAAAAAGAUGACGGUGAUGGCAGUGGUGGUGGUGUUGGUGGCGGUGAUGAUGUUGUGGACGAGGCGGAUACAGGGUGUUGGUUCAAGUUGAGGUUUAUAGGGGGCUGCAUUUCUUCAAGAUCCAAAGUUGAUAGCUCUGUUAGUGGGACGAGUACCCAUUGCGAAAGUAAAUCAACAAAUGAUACAAGCAGAGACCAACCAGCCGCCCCUGCAAUCUCAUCUACGACCACAAGUAAUGCAGAAAGUAAUUCAUCCACUUCCAAACUCGAAGAGGAGCUUAAAAUUGCUUCCCGACUGCGAAAGUUCACAUUUAAUGAUCUAAAGUUGGCAACAAGAAAUUUCAGACCUGAGAGUCUUCUUGGCGAAGGGGGUUUUGGUUGUGUUUUUAAGGGGUGGAUUGAAGAAAAUGGAACUGCUCCAGUGAAACCUGGUACAGGGCUUACUGUUGCAGUUAAAACCCUUAAUCAUGAUGGGCUUCAGGGUCAUAAAGAGUGGCUGGCUGAAGUGAAUUUUCUCGGUGAUCUUGUGCAUCCUAACUUGGUCAAACUGAUUGGUUACUGCAUUGAAGAUGAUCAAAGGCUGCUAGUGUAUGAGUUUAUGCCUCGAGGAAGCUUGGAGAAUCACCUGUUUAGAAGAUCUCUGCCUCUUCCAUGGUCCAUAAGGAUGAAAAUUGCACUAGGUGCUGCAAAAGGUCUGGCCUUUCUUCAUGAAGAAGCAGAAAGGCCGGUCAUAUAUCGUGAUUUCAAAACUUCUAAUAUCCUAUUAGAUGCAGAUUAUAAUGCUAAACUUUCGGAUUUUGGACUUGCCAAAGAUGGUCCCGAGGGGGAUAAGACCCAUGUAUCAACUCGUGUGAUGGGAACAUAUGGUUAUGCAGCUCCGGAAUAUGUGAUGACUGGACAUCUUACAUCAAGGAGUGACGUCUACAGUUUUGGUGUGGUUUUACUUGAAAUGAUAACUGGCAGAAGAUCCAUGGACAAGAACCGACCUAUUGGAGAACAUAACCUUGUGGAAUGGGCUCGGCCUCAUCUUGGAGAGAGAAGAAGAUUCUACCGAUUGAUAGACCCUAGGCUUGAAGGCCACUUUUCCAUAAAAGGUGCACAAAAAGCAGCACAACUGGCUGCUCACUGCCUUAGCAGGGAUCCAAAAGCCAGGCCCCUAAUGAGCGCAGUUGUGGAGGUGCUGAAGCCUCUGCCCAACCUUAAAGACAUGGCAAGCUCAUCAUAUUAUUUCCAAACCAUGCAAGCUGACCGAACUCUUUCCAGCCCAAAUGCCAAAAGUAGCAGCCGAACUCAAGGAGGAUUAUUGAGGAAUGGACAACAACACCGGAGCCUUUCAAUACCAAAUGGUUCCCAUGCAUCUCCUUACCAUCAUCAAUAUCCCCAUCAAUCGCCUAAACCCACCAGUAAAGCAUAGCACAGAGUCAGCAAUUAUCUACUUUUCACCACCCAUUUUCAUCAUUCAUUCCUUUUUCCCUCCUUUUCCCGAGAUGUAUUAUCUGUGAAAGCAUUUGUUCUUAGACACCGGAAAAGGCAACAGAGAAACAUAUGCGCUCUAUAUUAUGUUUAGAAUGGUGACCUCCCGGCAGGGGAGAAUGUUAGGCAGGUGAAGCUUGUGGAGCAAAAUGUCUGUGAGCCAUAUGUUGCUACAAAAUGUCUUGAAAUGCUAAAAAGAUUUAUUAGCUCCUUGUAAAAUUUUUCCCCCUCCCGCUUCACUUCACUGCCUUUAUCCUGUCAAUAUAAACCUAAAAUCAGUCCUAAUUCUGUUACUGGAACAUUUAUGCAAUGGCAGUGAGGCCGUGGCUGGCAUUUCUUAUUUUUGAUUAAUGCAGGAUGAGAAUUGUUGCAAAA